UUGAAUUCUCAUGAUGCGAUUUGGCUAGAUUUUCAUAUCCCCCUUGAACAGCCGCCACGACAAUGGUCUGGAAGAGACCAUGUCGAAAUCAUGGUCGGCAACACUGAAAUUGCCGAAAUCUACGUUUCCUCCGAGACCCGUUCCUAAACUACGGGAGCAGUAUCUUCAGCAAUGCACUGAUAAUCUCUAUGAGUGGCAAAGGCAAAAUCUGCCUGCCGAGGACACUUUUGUGAUCCAUGAUGGUCCUCCUUACGCCAAUGGCAAACUUCAUGUCGGCCAUGCGCUAAAUAAGAUCUUGAAGGAUAUGAUUUUAAGAACAAAAAUUCAACAAGGCCGAAGAGUGAAUUACAUUCCAGGAUGGGAUUGUCACGGGCUCCCAAUCGAGCUCAAGGCUCUCGAGAAUUCUAAGAAUGCCAAACUUACUCCUAUUGAGAUCCGGAAGUCCGCCCGUAAUCUAGCAUCCAACACUAUCUUGAAGCAGAUGAAAGCAUUUCGAUCUUUCGGGGUCAUGGGUGACUGGGAUCAACGAUGGACUACGAUGGAUGCGGAGUUUGAGAUGCGCCAGCUUCGUCUAUUCCAACAGAUGGUUAAGAAAGGCUUGAUCUAUCGUAGGUUUAAGCCCGUCUACUGGUCACCCUCUUCGAAAACUGCCCUGGCCGAAGCCGAGCUAGAAUACCGAGACGACCAUGUUUCGAAUUCUGCCUGGGUCAGAUUUCAGAUCACUGAUGAUUGGAGGACACUCCCCCAGUUUCAUGACAUUCAAGCCCUGGUCGAGGGAAACUUGUAUGCCGUGACAUGGACUACAACUCCCUGGACAUUACCCGCGAACAGGGCUAUUGCUAUACACGAAGAUUUAGAAUACUGUAUCGUGUUGUCUGGAGUCAAUGCUCUGCUUGUCGCUAAGAGCCGUGUUGAUACCUUUACCUCUAAAAUCGGCGCGAAGGAUCAUGUCGAAGUUCUUGGAACUCUUCCUGGUACAAAGCUAGCUGGUUUAAAGUACUUCAACAGACUUCGGGGCAAAACCGGCCCCCCGCAGCCUAUUAUACAUGCAAAUUUCGUGUCAGCGGACUCAGGAUCUGGACUCGUACAUCUUGCUCCCGGUCACGGUUUCGACGACUACGAAGUCUGCCGCUCCCUUGGUAUUCCUGUGGUAGCUCCUAUUGAUGAUCACGGAAGGUUCACGGAGGAUGCCUUCCCCGACCUACCAGAAGCACUGCUAUCAUCUCCUUCUGUAAUCGAAGGUGGCGGUCAGGAUGUGCUUAGUCUUCUUCAGGUGUAUGCCGACGUUUUAUGGACGGAAAAACACACACACAAGUAUCCCUAUGACUGGAGAACCAAGCAACCUGUGAUCAUUCGAGCUACCGAACAAUGGUUCGCCGAUGUUGAAUCUAUCAAAAAAGAAGCCCUUAAAUCCCUUCAAAACAUUCGUUUUAUUCCGACAGGCGGUAAAAAGCGACUUGAGAGCUUCAUCCAAGGCCGAAGCGAAUGGUGCAUAUCUCGACAGCGUGCUUGGGGUGUCCCUAUCCCUGCGCUAUACGAUGAUAAAGGCGCGGCUGUGGUAAACGAAGAAGUGGUCGAACAUAUCAUAUCUCUCAUUCAAGAGCGAGGAACUCAGGCCUGGUGGUCGGACGCUGCGGAUGACAUAGCCUGGAUCCCACCUUCACUGAGGGACCAGGGUGAAUACCGACGAGGAACGGACACUAUGGAUGUAUGGUUUGAUAGUGGAAGCAGCUGGACUAUGAUGUCAGGCCGCGCAGAUGUCUACCUCGAGGGAACUGACCAGCACCGCGGUUGGUUCCAGUCCAGUCUUCUCACUCGAAUUGCUGCAGGAGCCCAAGAAGACGGAAAUUUCGAGAAAGGUGCCCCUUUCAAACAAUUGAUCACCCAUGGAUUUACACUUGACCAAGACGGUAGGAAGAUGUCUAAAUCACUGGGUAACAUCAUAGACCCACAGGAAGUUAUGGAUGGUUCUAUCCUGCCACCUGUUAAGCCGAAGAAAAAUAAGGCAGCAGCUCAGGCGCAACCGACCUACGAUGCUUUGGGUCCAGAUGCUCUAAGAUUAUGGGCAGCCAGCAGUACUUAUACUCGCGAUGUGGCUAUCAGUGCUCCAGUCCUCAGCGCCAUCCACGCGGCUUUAAUCAAGUAUCGAGUCAUUGUGAAGAUGCUGCUUGGCUCAAUGCAUAAAUCUGCCCGAACCUCACCUCUAUCCGUGUUGGAUCAUAUUGCUAUCAUACAAUUACAGGAUACGAUGAAAGAAGUGGGAGAGGCAUUUGACAACCACGAGUUUCAUAAAGGAUAUGCUGUCCUGAAUAGAUGGAUAUCAGUCGAUUUAUCAGCGUUCUACCUUGAAGCGCUGAAAGAUCGACUUUACUGCGGGGAUGGUGGAGGUGUUAUCGAACCCGUACUAACUGGCCUUCUGAGGAUGCUGGCACCAAUGGCGCCGCUAAUCGUCGAGGAGGCGUGGGAUCACCGCCCCGAGUGGGUGAAAGAAGACCCAUCUUUUACAUACCCAUUCCAUCAGUUCUACACCGAUCCCAUCAUUGAUCCUAGCCGACUCACGCACGAUCUCACGUCACUAAGAGAAGAUAUCCCGGUUCUUAUGUCGGUCCACGGUACCAUCCAAUUAUGUCUUGAAAAUGCCCGAAACGACAAGAACGUGGGUCAGUCUCUACAGUGUUCAGUCAACAUCCGGAGUAAGGACGCCGUGCUCCUGAAAGUACUACAGAAAUAUAAAGACGAAUUGGAGUCCAUAUUCGUCGUCUCAUCGGUCCAAAUAAACUCCCCAGCAGACGUAACGACAGAGUGGUCCUAUGCUCGAGAUUUCGUCAAUGGUGUCGAGGGGCAGGUUACGGUGUUGCCCCCUACUCAGGCCAAGUGUCCCCGCUGCUGGCGCUACACCGCGCCAAAGGAGGAUACGCUAUGCCAGCGUUGCGAGGCGGUUGUCUGAGUUUAAUGUGUAUAUCCUGGCUCUACUUAGAUAUGUGUAAUAUAAAAUCUAUGGAA